GAGACCAAAGGAAUGUGUAAUUGGAAAUUCUGUAACCGAGACCCGGGUUCCUAACCCUUUGGCUCUCCCCCCUACCCCAGAACCCCCUGCCGAGAGGCGAAUGGCCGAGAGAUGGUGAAGGGAAGAGUCACGUUUUGGAGAGGGAAGUGAAAUAAAGAGGGCGGCACCCGGGGGGACCUGUGCGUCAUUGAGGGACCGCGGAGCGGCCAGUGCGGAGGCGUGGGGGCGAGGAGCCGGAGGGGCUGCCGAGCGCCCAAGCCCGCUGCCCGUUCCCGCGGCCCCGCAGCCUGCAGCCUUAUGGGGCUCAAGAUGUGUCAGGAGACCCCGCCCCGACCCCGAACACCCAGCCGCUGGACGCCCGCCCUGCUGGCCCUGCUGGCCCUGGGCAGCGCGGGACUCUGCCACGCGAGCUCGCAGCCCGGGUACCACGCGAGGCCCAGUGCCAGAAACAAGAACUGGUGCGCCUACAUCGUGAAUAAGAACGUGAGCUGCACGGUGCAGGAGGGAAGCGAGAGUUUUGUUCAGGCUCAGUACAACUGUCCCUGGAACCAGAUGCCCUGUCCAUCCGCUCUGGUGUAUCGGGUAAACUUCAGACCCAAAUUUGUCACUAGGUACAAGAUAGUGACCCAGCUGGAGUGGAGAUGCUGUCCUGGCUUUAGAGGAGCAGACUGCCAAGAAGGUACCAAAGACCCCAUAAAGACCUCCCGGCCCCCACCAGCUCGACCAAGAAACAACCUGAAGAAAGCCACAGAUACUGAUCCAAGCCCAGUCUCACAGCCUAAGAAAACUUCAUCACCAACAAAUGCAGCAGAACCAGGUCAGGCUGCAGAUCCAAAGCAAGGUCCUCCAGAACUUCAGCAAACCAAAGUCCAGGUGCUGGAGGAGAAGGUUGUCCGGCUCACCAGGAUGGUGCUGGAUCUCCAGUCCUCCGUGGCAGGCCUGAAGGAGAACCUCAAACACACCACUCAAGAUGAUGGCGGCAAAGAGCCAGCCUCCUGGCUCAGUCACCUGCACCCACAGCCAACCCCUGACAGCCCCCUCGCGGGAGACGCAGAGCUGAGCCCGCUUCCUGGAAUCCUCAACAGCAAGGAAUCUGGCAUGAAGGACAUCAAGUCUGAGUUGGCUGAGGUUAAAGACACACUAAAGACGAAGAGUGACAAGCUAGAAGAACUGGACGGGAAGGUGAAAGGCUAUGAAGGGCAGCUCAAGCAGCUGCAGGAGGCUGCUCAGGGCCCUACAGUCACCAUGACAACCAAUGAGCUGUGCCAAGCCUAUGUGGAUAGCAGGAUAGAUGCCCUGAGGGAGGAGCUCAUGGAAGGCAUGGACCGGAAGCUGGCUGACCUGAAGAACACGUGCGAGUACAAGCUGGUGGGGCUCCAGCAGCAGUGUGAUGACUAUGGCAGCAGCUACCUCGGGGUGAUAGAGCUGAUCGGGGAGAAGGAGGCGAGCCUGAAAAAUGACAUCGCAGAGCUCCGAGCCCAGCUGCAGGAUCCCACAGCCCAACCAAGCUGCUGCGAUGGUCAAAAGAACGGCGAUUUCGGCCCACAGAUCAAGACAUUAGACCAGAAAAUUGAGAGAGUUGCCGAGGCCACCAGGAUGCUGAAUGGACGGCUGGACAACGAGUUUGACCGCCUCUCCGUUCCAGAGGCAGACUCAGACUUUGAUGCAAGAUGGACCGAGCUUGACGCAAGGAUCAACGUGACAGAGAAGAACGCUGAAGAGCAUUGCUUUUACAUUGAGGAGACCCUGCGGGGGGCCAUCAAUGGUGAAGUGGAUGACUUGAGGAAGCUUCUCAAUCAGAAGAUCCACUCCCUGGAAGACCGUCUGGGAAUCGUUCUGCAAGCGGCCAACAUCUCAGACGUGGAGUUGACACCCGUGCACCCAGCCUUGCCGGAGCAGCCCGGGGCCGAGAAUGAGCAGGUCCGAGAGGAGCUGAGCCGCCUACAGGACAAAGUUCAAGUGCUUGAGGACAUCUGCCUGCAGAACUUGCCCCACGGCAUAGACGGAGCUUUGCCUAGGGGAGAGGACCUCACACAUAUUAGCCUGAGCCUUUUGGAAUCCCUCAAUGAUACGAUGCACAGGCAGUUCCAAGAAACCAGUCACAGCAUCCAGAAACUCCAAGACGACUUCAAUGCCCUCCAGUCUCAACUAAAUCACUCGGAAUGUAUCGGGACAUGCUUGCAGAACGGAGUGAGUGACAGCCGAGCAGGUGACAGUGUGGAAGCAAGUGGGUUUACUAAGACAGGGGAGCAAGCAAGGACAGUGGGGACUGUCCCGUCUCCUGGGACUCCCAUGGCUCCAUGCUGUGGCCAGCUGGAGGAGCGCUGGCAGAGGCUGCAGAACCAAGUGCUGGCUGAGCUAGACACAUGUAAGGAGAGUGCUCACGGGGUUCAGAGUGGGGUGUCUGCAGUCGAGGGCAGGGUGUCCCAGCUGGAGCAGACGUGCAGCAGGCUGGAUGCCAUCUCAGGGAGUCUGCAGAGGAUUAAGGAGGGGCUCGGCAAGCAUGUGGGCAGCCUGUGGAACUGUGUCCGGCAGAUGAACGGGACACUCAAAUCACACUCCAGAGACAUCUCUGGCCUCAAGAAUUCUGUGCAGCAAUUCUACAGCCAUGUUUUCCAGAUUUCUACCGACUUGCAAGAUCUGGUCAAGUUUCAGCCAUCAGCAACAGAGGAACCCUCAGAAGCAACCCAGGGACCAUCUGGGAAGACGCUACUAGAAUCCACCAGACCCUCAGAGGAGGCCCCCACUGAACCACCCCAGCUGACCCCACUGCCAGAAGACCCAGCCAGACCACCACAGACAGGCCAGCGGCCAGUGUUGCCCCAGAGGCCCCUGCCGCCACCACCUUUGCCUGCCUGGCCUGGUCGCACGGGGUUGCCCUUCCUGCCUGGCUCUAGUGGAGUCAUCAUGGAGACUGGAGAGGCUGGGCCUCCAGGCAGGAUGGGCAUGUCGGGAAGGGGCCUGCCUCAGGGAGUGGAUGGACAGAUGGGGCAGGGGCCCAUCCCUAGCUCGGAAGGCUAUGCAGGUGCACCAGGUUACCCCAAGUCACCUCCUGUAGCCACCCCAGGAGCGCCGCUGCCUGCUCUGGUGUCCUUUUCAGCUGGUCUUACCCAGAAGCCUUUUUCCAGUGAUGGAGGCGUUGUCCUGUUUAAUAAGGUGCUGGUGAAUGACGGGGAUGUAUACAACCCCAACACUGGGAUCUUCACCGCGCCCUAUGACGGGCGCUACUUGAUCACCGCCACCCUCACGCCUGAGAGAGAAGCCUAUGUGGAAGCCGUCCUGUCUGUCUCCAACGCCAGUGUUGCCCAGCUGCAUACGGCUGGGUACAGGAGGGAGUUUCUGGAAUACCAUCAUCCCCCCGGGGCUGUGCAUACCUGUGGGGGCCCCGGGGCCUUCCACCUCAUUGUGCACUUGAAGGCAGGAGAUGGGGUCAACGUUGUGGUGACUGGGGGCAGACUGGCUCACACAGACUUUAAUGAAAUGUACUCCACCUUCAGUGGUGUUUUCUUGUAUCCUUCCCUUUCUCACCUCUAGGGAGACCAGGAAGGGAAGAAAGGCUGUAAAAACCCCAAAGCUUUAAUAUAUUCGGUCUAUGUAACUGGAGCACUGAUCUAGUUUGUUGCACACACUCUGCCUACCCCCAGGAUAAAGGCCUUACCUCCCCCUGUAGAGACUGCCACCCCUCGUUUCCAGACAGCUGUGGCAGUGACACAUUGUUAAUUCGUCACUGUAACUGAACGACCAGAAGAUUGUCCCCUUGGCUGGAAGCUGGCUUCUCCUGUGCUGCCUAUAUGCCAGCUCUGCUUGAGGUUCCUGGGUUGGACCUACUCGGUGCUGCUCCCUGACUGGCCUGGGCCUGAUGCAGCUGGAAGACACUGUAGCAGAUGCGCCUCCCCACACUGCAUGUACAAGACUUAAACACUGAAGUGCUGGUAUGGCCUGGACCCAGAGUUUAACGUGGGCUAUUCCACACGUGGGUUGCCGUUACCGUCUGGUACUCAUCUCUGCUCGCCUGGGCCCUGCUACCAGGGUGAAUGUGAGACAUUAUUUAUGAACUUGCUGGGCUCCUUAAAUGACAUGUACGAUAUAAGUGCAAAGACAGGGAGCAUCAAUAAAGAUGUCGGGAUCACGA